GUUUCCGGUUAAUACCAACUAACAAAUACAGCCGCCAUUCCGCCCUGCAGAAUAUUAGCCGGUUGUACACAACGAGCUUAAAAUGUCCAAUCCGAAAGUAUUUUUCGAUAUGACAAUUGGAGGUGCAUCGGCUGGGAGAAUUGAGAUGGAGUUAAGAGCAGACGUUGUUCCAAAAACAAGUGAAAACUUCAGAGCACUUUGUACAGGUGAAAAGGGAACAGGAAAGAGUGGAAAGCCAUUACAUUUCAAAGGCUCAUCAUUUCAUCGUGUCAUCACAGACUUCAUGUGCCAAGGAGGGGACUUUACGAGAGGAAAUGGGACCGGAGGAGAAAGUAUCUACGGAGAAAAGUUUGCGGACGAAAACUUCACGCUAAAGCAUACUGGACCGGGUAUUUUGUCGAUGGCAAAUGCAGGCCCAGGUACGAACGGCUCACAGUUUUUCCUGUGCACUGUAAAAACAGCAUGGCUGGAUGGAAAGCAUGUGGUAUUCGGCAGUGUUACAAAAGGGAUGGAGGUUGUGAAGGCAAUAGAAAAAGUUGGCUCAACAGGUGGAACGACAAGUAAACCUGUUGUGAUUGCUGACUGUGGGCAACUUUAGAGUCUGCAAUGUAACAUUCAAUAUUGCAUAAGUGCACAGGAACUUGGAAGUUCCUGUGAUUAGUGUCACCCUGGGAAACCGUGCUUAUACAGGAAACAUUGGAUGAAAAGAAACACUUGGGACAGAAAGUGCUAUCAUAGUUAUUCUCUUUGCUUUGUGCUUAAAGAUAUUGUAUUUUCAAAGAGCAUCCUUUGAUGAAAUCAUACUGUAGAACAAAAUAAAAUUGUCGAAAUUUACA